UCACUCAGUCACUCACACACUCACUGAUAGACACAGAAGUGAGUAAAGCGGUGUGCAGCGUGUCAUUGCAGCAAGCUUUAGGAGCAGCAUACGGCACUGUGGAGCGACUUUACAGGAACAAAGCUACACAAUGCUUGUGUGAAGAGCUGCAUGUGUGCGUCUGCCUGUGUGUGUAUGUGUUAUUCUUUACUGCUUCUGUGUAAGUGUGCAAAUCGUUAAAGCUGAGUGAAGCGGAGCGCCAUGCAGUGCCAAGCCGAGUUCCGGCUCGCCCAACCCGCGCAGCUCAAAGCGUCCCGGCGGCGUUACAAGACCUUCAUGAUCGACGAGAUUCUGGCCAAGGAGACAUGCGAUUACUUAGAGAAGCUCUCUCUAUACUCCGUGUGUCCUUCCCUGGUGGUCCGACCCAAAGCCCUACACUCCUGCUCCGGCUCGUCAUCACUCAGCACAUACCCCUUGCUGUCUGUCAUCACCCGUCAGCCCCACAGCAGCCUGCCACACAUUCCCCAGCCCUCGCCCCCAGGCCGGGUCACCCACCUGCCCAUCAUGUCACCCCAGCAUGCGCUGCCAGGAGAGCCGGUGCCUAGCGAGACGCCCGUCAGCAUCAGCAGCGAAUCAGAGACAGAGCACAGCGCUACCCGGCUAAAGAAGCCACGUCGCAGUCGCACCAUCUUCACCGAGCUGCAGCUCAUGGGUCUGGAGAAGAAGUUUCAGAAGCAGAAGUACCUCUCCACUCCUGACAGAUUGGACCUGGCUCAGUCUCUCGGUCUCACCCAGCUCCAGGUCAAGACUUGGUACCAGAACAGACGCAUGAAAUGGAAGAAAAUGGUGCUAAAAGGAGGACAUCAGGCACCUACGAAGCCUAAAGGCCGACCCAAAAAGAACUCCAUCCCCACCACGGAAGAGAUCGAGGCAGAGGAACGACGGCUCGCGCAACUGGCUGAAGAUGAUGAGAGGCUGAGUGGGGAAUUCGAAACACAGGGAGAAGUGUUUCAGGCACAACCACAAGACCUGAGCACAAGCAGGCAGAUUGAGAUUCUCCAUUCCCUGAAUCUGGAGGCAUCAGAUGGAGUACAGCUUCCCCAGUUAACACCACAGAGCUAAAUUAGCGUCUACGUCGUGCCAAAGACUGACAGCACCAAAAAGUACUUAGUGGUUCAUAUCGCUAAAGCGCCAAAGACAUGAAAAGACGUUGUGUCUCGUUUAAGGAGCAGUGCUUCACUCUGUAAUGUUGCUUUACAUACUACAUUGGCUCCUUUUUCAGUAUUUUAUGAUCCUCACAUGCAGCCAAAUGCACUUCAGCAAAAUUCUCCUAAAGCUGGUUCCCCGUGUACCAAACGGACAAACAGUAAGUGUUUAUGUUUUAUUUUUCCUGAGCGAAUUGCUCUCCUACACCAUAAUGGCUGCCUGCUUUAUUGCCUCUGUUGAAUUGGUGUCGUCUGUGUACAGCUGUGUCUCUGUUCUCUGCCAAAGAUCAUAUAUCUGAAAUACUGAAAUGCCCUUAGAGGUAUUAGUGCCUUUUUAUUGUCACAUUCAAAUGCUUUUUUUUUUUUUUCAUUUAAUGCCAAAUAUGAAUGAACACAUGUACACUUGUACAGGUGGUCAUUAUGUAUAUGCUUUGUAAAGGAAGGUUAGUAAAGGGUGGGAGGGGUCACAAAUAAAUUAAUAGAAUAAAAUAUGUUAUUAUUAUUAUUAUUAUUAUUAUUAUUAUUAUUAUUAUUAUUAUUAUUAUUAUUAUUAUUAUUAUUAUUUCCCCCAAAGAAGAUUUUGGGAAGCUGAAAUCUGUUCAGCUGUGAAAAGAUUUUUUUUUUUUUUUUU